CUGAUAGAUGGCACUGACUGGCAUCACUGCUGGGCACUGACUGGUGGCACUGACUGGCACAACCGCUGGGCACUGACUGGUGGCACUGACUGGCAGCACUGCUGGGCUGCACUGGUGGGUGGCACUGGUGGGCAGCACUGGUGGGUGGGCACAGGUGGGUGGCACUGGUGGGCACAGGUGGGCGGAACUUGUGGGUGGCACUGCUGGGCACCAAUCAUCAGGGCACUGAUCAUCACUGCCCUGAUGAUCGGUGCCGAUCCCUGCUCUGACAACUGCCGGUUCUCGGCAGUACUUUCCUCACGAUCUGACAGCGUGAGGAACCGG